GACGCGAACCCGCGCGCGCGUUUCCCCACCACGCCUCAGGCGAACCCUCGUACGCGAUUUCAUUUCUCUUCCUUCAACCCUGUCAUAACCAUCCUUCUUUCACUACUCCCAAUUCCAACCUCCUCUCGACCUUAUCUUUCCAAUCCCAGUUCCGCACCUUUCUUUCCCCCCUUCACCGCACCACAACCUAGCACAUCAAGAUGUUGGAAGCUCGCCUAGAACAAGCCUCUCUCCUGAAGAAGGUCGUCGAUGCUAUCAAGGACCUUGUGCAGGACUGCAACUUCGACUGCAAUGACUCUGGAAUCGCUCUCCAGGCCAUGGACAACUCCCACGUUGCCCUGGUCUCUAUGCUCCUGAAAGCCGAGGGUUUCUCUCCCUACCGAUGCGACCGCAACAUUGCCCUCGGUAUCAACCUGGUUUCCCUGACCAAGGUUCUGCGGGCCGCCCAGAACGAGGAUAUCCUGACCCUGAAGGCCGACGACUCGCCCGAUGCCGUUAACCUCAUGUUCGAGAGUGCCGAAACCGACCGGCUAAGCGAGUAUGAUAUCAAGUUGAUGGACAUUGACCAGGAGCACCUGGCCAUUCCCGAGACGGAGUACGCCGCUACGGUUGAGAUGCCCUCAGCGGAGUUCCAGCGGAUCUGCAGAGAUUUGAAUGCUCUGUCCGAGUCGGUCGUCAUCGAGGCCACCAAGGAGGGCGUCAAGUUCUCUUGCCAGGGUGACAUCGGCAGUGGCUCCGUUACCAUCCGUCAGCACACCAACGUCGACAAGCCCGACCAGAACGUCUCUAUCGCCCUCAGUGAACCCGUCGCCCUUACUUUCUCCCUCAAGUACCUUGUCAACUUCUGCAAGGCCACCAACCUGUCUGGCAAGGUGUCUCUCUGCCUGUCUCAGGAGGUGCCUCUACUUGUGGAGUACGGUCUCGGAAGCGGUCACUUGCGAUUCUACCUUGCUCCUAAGAUCGGUGACGAGGAGUAAGUGGAGUCGAUCCCAAUAUAAAACCAAAAAACCAAAUAAAUUACGAUGAUGAAGGUGGGGAGCAUAAGGAGGCCACGAUUUCUUUUUUCAUUUUUCUUUUCACAUUUUUGUUCAAAAUAUCCCUUGAAUGUUGCGCACCAUCCGAUGUCCAAAGCCUACAUAUAAUAUCCAAGUUAGAUAUCAAGCGAUCAACUUUACAACCAUUGGUCUAGGAUGGAUUUGAGUAGUAUGAUCAAGUAAUUACUGGCAUCAAAUCGAAGACAAUCAUCUGUACGAAAAUAAAUUUUAUAUUGAGACCUAUAGCAUCCAACUCAUCCAUAAACCACCAAGCACCAUAAUACUUCCACCGGACCCUAAAACCAAGACCCGAGCACUCAUCGAGCACACAAAGCCCCUCACUAAGAUUAGCCAGGGACACAAAAACACCCUUCUCAGCUCAGAGCAGAAAGACACGACUGACCUUAAGAAAAAAAGAGGGAAGCACCACCCCAACCAGAAUAAUCGGAAUCGAAUGAUACCAACCCCUCCCCUUGAAAAGAAGAGGGGGAUACAGGUAUGCCGCGUAUUGCACUAAAGUGUCACACUCGCGCAGCCAGAAGGCGCGCCUUGAGCUGCACACAAUCUUCGCAACGACUCUCCCAUGGGGUUUUUGACGCCCCGAUGUUUCUGAUGCCAAUUGCAGAUGCAUGACAAUGAAGUCUUCGCACCAGGCCCUUGCGGGCAGUACCGGCCUAACUGUCAUAGCCAUAAUGACUAUGAUGAUCAGGCGGGUCCAAGAUAGUGAAGAUUCCUCCGAAUUUCUCAUUUGCAAGGGAUCCUCUCGAACGUGACGGGGUUGAUUUUCAUCAGCUCAGACGGUUCGAGAGGGACAAGGACAGCGCGGAGCUGUCGGACUUGUCGUGUGUAGCAAAGAAACGCAGCAUUGGUUGGGAU